AUGGGGGACCACCAGCAAAGCUCGCUCUACAGCCACCGCAUGUCGGAGGCCGAGGACCAGCCAGAAAGGGGGCAGGAUGACGACACCCUGGGCCUCCAGGGCCCCAAGUAUGAGAAACGAGGGUCCAGGGACCCCAAAUACCAGGGUCUGGACGAUGGGGACCUGGGAUUGGAAGACCAAGAGGAGGAAACUUCCUCUGAGGAGGUGACUGGGGAAGAAUUCGUGGACGCCCAGAACCCGAAGGAGGCCCUCGCGGAGCUGGAGAGGGUUCUGGAGAAAGACGCGGAGGAGGGCAUGCCUGAGAUGAGCCGGCUGUCCAUCUCCCAGAGGAGCCCCGGCACCUCCGUGGGCUGGGAGAGGAGGAAGAAGAGGCGGCUGUUUGAGUUGGCGAAACCCAAGACCAACUGGCAAGUCUUGAAAGACAGGAUGGGGUGCUGCUGCAGGGGCUACGCCUGGAUCUCCCCCCGCAUGAGGAACCUGCAGUUCUGUGUCUACUGGCCAUCUGUGUACUGGACAGAGAGGUUUCUUGAGGAUACCACCCUCACCAUUACGGUGCCCGAGGUGUCCCGCCGGUUGGAGGAGCUGGCCCGACCUAAGAGGUUCUACUCGGAGUAUUACAACAACAACAGGACCACCCCCAUCUGGCCCAUUCCCCGGUCCACCUUGGAAUACCGAGCAUCCAGCCGCCUGCGGGAACUGGCCACCCCGAAGGUCCGGAAUAACAUCUGGAGCGUACACAUGUCUGAGGUGUCCCAAGUGUCCAGGGCAGCCCGGAUGGCCACCCCCAGUACGAGGAUCAUCCAGCUGGCAAAGCCCAGGGCUCCAGCCACCCUGCUGGAAGAGUGGGACCCCAUGCCAAAACCCAAGCCACACGUGUCAGACUAUAACCGCCUCCUUCACCUGGCCAUGCCCAAGGCCCAGUCGGACAAGUGUGUUGCUGACCGAGACCCGCGCUGGGAAGUGCUGGAGGUCACCAAGAAGGCGGUGGCCAGUCCCCGCAUCGUCUCCCUGGCCAAACCCAAAGUGCGGAGGGACCUGAGCGAGGGCUACAACCUGCGUCCCCUCGCCUAUACGAGCUUGCCACCCCCAAGAACGUCACCAAAAAAGCAUGAGCAGCCCAGGCCUGGCCCCUCAGCCUGUUCCCAGUAA